GGGUGAUGGCGGGGCAAGCUCCGAGCUGUGCUAAGGAUGGCGGGAUAGAGGGACCUUGGUAAGGCAAAAAAAAUAUUGCGAUGCCCGCGGGUACAUGUACAGGUAAUACAUUUGUUUCGACGUUGACUCACGAUCUUACCUGGGAUUUUCCUAAACGACUUUGAUUGCCUAUUGUGGCCUUGGGCGGUAUUACUUGACUACUAAUUAGCUCUUUCUUUCUCUUGCUUUAUAUCUCUCUCUUCCUCUUUGUUUCUUGAAUCAUCCCACUGUCAGAUUCAAUUCCUAUACCUGUCAUCUUUUUUUCUUCUCCAAACGACGCAAUGGCAACUGAACUCCCCACCACCAAUGGCAACCGCGCCCAAGAUGGCGAGAAUAACUUUGCUGUCAAGGCCGGAUUGGCACGUAUGCUGAAGGGCGGAGUCAUUAUGGACGUUGUCAAUGCUGAGCAAGCACGGAUAGCAGAAGAAGCCGGAGCCUCAGCCGUCAUGGCCCUUGAGCGUGUCCCCGCCGACAUUCGCGCUCAAGGCGGCGUAGCACGCAUGAGCGACCCCAAGAUGAUUAAGGAAAUCAUGGACACGGUCACCAUCCCCGUCAUGGCCAAAGCCAGAAUUGGUCAUUUCGUUGAAUGCCAGAUCCUCGAAGCCCUCGGCGUAGACUACAUCGACGAAUCCGAAGUCCUGACCCCCGCCGACGCCGUGCACCACGUCUCCAAGCACCCCUUCCGCAUCCCCUUUGUCUGCGGCUGCCGCAACCUCGGCGAAGCCCUACGCCGCAUUUCCGAAGGCGCCGCUAUGAUCCGCACAAAAGGCGAGGCGGGAACCGGCGACGUCAUCGAAGCUGUGCGCCACAUGCGCAGCGUGAACGCGGAAAUUGCCCGCGCGAAGAACAUGUCAGAGGAGGAGCUGCGGGUUUAUGCCAAGGAACUCCAGGUUGACUAUGCGCUUCUCAAGGAGACUGCUAAGCUGGGACGGCUUCCCGUUGUCAACUUUGCAGCGGGCGGUGUGGCGACACCCGCGGAUGCGGCGCUCAUGAUGCAGCUAGGCUGCGAUGGCGUGUUUGUGGGAUCUGGCAUUUUCAAGUCGGGAGAUGCGGCCAAGAGGGCCAAGGCGAUUGUGCAGGCGGUCACGCAUUAUAAUGAUCCCAAGGUGUUGAUGGAGGUUAGUAUGGAUUUGGGCGAGGCGAUGGUCGGGAUUAACUGUAGUUCCAUGGCGGAGGAGGAGAAGCUGGCGAAGAGGGGGUGGUAAGCUCAGAUAGGAGAAAAGAAAGGGGGGGGGGGUGUAUG